GAAAUUCCACGAGCGUUAUCUGUCGCCCAUGAGUGCUCCCAGUGCGUUUGGUGUGAUUGAGUUCGGGCUGCGCUUGGAGACGCAUGGCGCGUUCUCCCUCGCUGUUAAGAAUAUGAAAAUCGGAGACACUCUGGAAUGCCGAGGUCCAUGUGGAGGUUUUGAAUAUUCCGCGGGAAAACUGGAUACUUUGACCAUGAUAGCCACCGGAGUCGGAGCCACGCCUGCCAUACAACUUAUCCGCAGCAUCGCCAAUGACCCCUCUGACACAACCAAGGUCAAGUUCUUCUACCACGCCAAGACGCCGGAGCAGCUGCUGUGCCUUGAGGAGCUUACAGCAUUUGGGAAACGCGACAGUCGUUUUGAUUUCACCUUCUGCGUUAGCGAGUGUGACGAUUCUUGGACCGGUUCCGAGGGUCUUAUCGACGCCAGCACCCUGAAACCGUUCCUGCCACCCGCCAACGGCAAGACCAACAAGACCAUCAUCUCCACCGGUCCAGCAGUCGUAAUCACUACCCUGUCCGCCCUACAUGAGCUUGGAUACAAGAGCGACGACAUCUACAUCUAUGGACCGUUUGGAGUCGAGCUGAUACGUGCCGUGUAUGGCCAAAAAGCCAAACUUGCUACGCAUUUGCCCUGCUAGACUGCAUGUUAAUUAUUGCACUGAUACAAAACUGAGUGCCCGAAUUUGGUCUUCACCUUAUGACCCUAAACUAUGUCUACGCCAACCCAGGUUAUAUUCAUACUUGUCUUCUAAAACAAACAUUGGCUUAAAUAUUAACCGCAUUUUUGCAUGAUUUGUUAUAUAAAUGAAGUACUUCUAAUUAUCUCACGCCUUUUUUGUUAAACGGGAUCCCAGGAGUGAACUUAAACCUUCAAUGAGACUUGGACAGUUGCAAUUUGAAUUUAAGAUCACUAGAGUAAAAACAUUUCGGUGGAGUCAAUCAAGUAAAAUUGCCUCCAUUCAAAAUAUACUGGAUAUGUUAUUUCCCAGAUGAAGAUGCUCUAGUUUAUGGAGACUUUAUACAGAUAUCAACAUAUUGGAGGUAAACAACAAUGGCAAUAUUAGCCGUUGAUUGAAGAAAAAUCAUUACUUUAUUCUUGUAACGUAACACAGCGAAUGAAAUUAUCUUACAAGUAUUUUCAGAUCUGCGUAAACUCCACAAGAGCUUGGUUUACAACUUGUUAUGGCUUCAUGCAACCCUAUGAAAUGUUUACAUUCAUAUUGAGGAGGCAUCAAUUUGGUACUGUGACAGGAGUGGUAGUCCUUGGGAAUAGAUGUGUGGGGUCCCAUACGUUUUAACGUUAAAACUACAGGUUAAGGUUAAUUGGAGUAUGGGGUUAGUAUAUGGGACGAAUAUCAACUGGACAAAGUAAUGGGUGGAACUAUGGUUCCAAGCGAACUAGCAUUCCUGCCACACCGUUGUGACGAAACAGAGAGGCUUCAAAACAGAGAAUGCACUGCCCAUAUAAUUAUACAGUUUAGAGUUAACCUGACGGAAGUGGGUCAAAAUCUAGGGCGUGACUUGCCUGUACAAAUUACUGGGAACCAGACUCUCUAUCAUGGGGGAAUCUCUGUCACGUCCGUCAUACCUGUGACAACCACAUAAGAACACACUUUACUGCAUGUCACUUAUAUCAUUAUAAACAUUAGUGAAGGUCGCUUAUAGCAAUUAUGUAACAGCAUGAAGGUAUUCUCAAUUAACAGCAAACCGUAGGUUUGGGAAUGGUGUAGAGUAAACAAAGGGAAAUAAAACAAUAAUGAAAAGCCACCCUGCAGUCCUUGUCAA